AUGAGGAGCGUGACAAAAUUAAAAGAAAACCUACUGUUAGAAAAAGUGACGAGUAAGCAACAACAACAACAACAACAACAACAACAACAACAACAACAACAACAACAACAACAAAAACAAAUAUCAGAAGAAACUAUAGGACAGUUCAACGACCCAAGAUACUUGGAGGAAAGAAUAUUUCGGCUAACAGUUUCUUAUUUUGGGGAAGUUGCCAAAAGAAGGGCCCGUACUCCAUGCGAUUAUUUGGUAAAAAAAAUCUUGACAGACAAACAAGGAAUACCUACCCCAGCAAUUGAGUACGGCAUACAAAACAGUUAUACCAACAGGGUUAUUUGUUGA